AUGUCCUCUUUGCUUGAUCUGCACAUUGUGCAAUUUUCCAUGCUUAAAAUGGAAAUAGCCUUUAGUAAGCACAGGUGGGAGGCAGUUGCGUCUGACAAGUAUAAACCGUUGGAUGGAGGGCCUGGGUCAGCAGUCUCCCCUUCUGCCCAGCCCAUCAAUCUACAUAGACGCCAGUUGAGCGGUAUUAUUAACGACCUUGUCAAAGAUGGUAGCAAGGAAGGGUCCGCAGCAGACUAUGCACUAUUUAAUGCUGGAAGCGCAGGUGAUGCAAGCCCCUCUCUGCCUUUCAAAUCCCCAGAUGCUAUCAGGAAAGAAAUGGCUGCUGCCUCGGCUACACACAGCAUCAGCCUAGCCAUCAAUAGGCUAACUACACGUGUCAGCAAGGGAUACUUAAAAGAUGCUCUAGUCUACUACAUUGAACAGAUUCUACAUACUGGGUCUAGCAGUACUCUCAUCAAUGCAAACACGCAGAGCCAGGUCAUUGAGCGGUUCAACCAGCUGACUGGGCCUUUGUUGAAAUGCAUUGGCCAGCCUGGUCUCCAGAUGGUAAUGGAUUUCUACGCUCAAAAUUCACAGCAUCUUCAGCCUGCGCCUCAACCAACUCAGAAACCUAUAAUAUAG